AUGUACUCUAAACUGGGUCAUUCUUCACCCAGAGGGCUCGGCGCGUGGCUGACUCCCCGUGUGGAUCCCCUGUGCCGUUGGCUUCGAGCGGCUUCGACAGCCCGGGGAGAAAGAAAAAUGGGAAACAGCAUGCGAUCCACCCCGGCACCCCCCGAGAGGCCUCUGCCCAACUCAGAGGAACUGGACAGUGACUUUCUGGCUGUGCUGAGCGACUACCCAUCUCCCGACAUCAGCCCCCCGAUAUUCCGCCGUGGGGAGAAACUGCGUGUGAUUUCUGAUGAAGGGGGCUGGUGGAAAGCCAUCUCUCUUAGCACCGGUCGAGAAAGUUACAUUCCUGGAAUAUGUGUGGCCAGAGUUUACCAUGGUUGGCUGUUUGAAGGCCUGGGCAGAGACAAGGCUGAGGAGCUGCUGCAGCUGCCGGACACGAAGAUCGGCUCGUUCAUGAUCAGAGAGAGUGAGACCAAGAAAGGUUUUUAUUCCCUCUCAGUGAGACACCGGCAGGUGAAGCAUUACCGAAUCUUCCGUCUGCCAAACAACUGGUAUUACAUUUCCCCGAGGCUCACCUUCCAGUGCCUGGAGGACCUGGUGAAUCACUAUUCCGAGGUGGCCGACGGCCUCUGCUGUGUGCUGACUACGCCCUGCCUUACUCAGACGGUGGCAGCCCCAGCAGUAAGGGCCUCCGACUCACCCGUCACCCUGCGCCAGAAGACCUUCAACUGGAGGAGGGCGAUAAGCAGACAGCAAGAGGACCCAGAGGUGGCAGAGAGCCCAGUCGGUGUGGACGAGUCCCUUUUCAGCUACGGCCUUCGGGAAAGCAUCGCCUCGUACUUGUCCCUAACGGGAGAUGACAGCACUUCCUUUGACCGGAAGAAGAAAAGCGUGUCCCUGAUGUACAGUGGGAGCAAAAGGAAGAGCUCUUUCUUCUCAUCACCACCGUACUUUGAAGACUAG